GACGCAAUCCACACGCGACUACCAACGUGCAACGAUUUGUAUUCAUGACACCAAACGCGGUGCAGGUUGAGGGGUCAAACAGCUAAACACGCCGUGAAAUGAAUUGUUUAGUAGUUAAUUUUCUGAGCAUUAUCAAACAAGAGUUCACCCCGUGCCGAGGUUUCAGUGUGCCAGGCGAGACUAACGCAGAUGUUCACACUGUGCAUGACUCUACUGGGAAAGCCAUCAGAAGCAGAAACAAAUACAAGGACAGCUAGGUGGGGUAUGAAAAUCCAACACUAGUAUUCACCUUUUUCACUCAAGGUCUACUCUGAAGCAGUGUGUAGCAGCGGACCCAUCAACAGAAAGUUAAACCGGAGACAGAGACAGUGGACCAUGGCUUUGAAAUUGAGAGUCCCUCUGUUACAAAGAAGACACAAACAAAUCCAGAUUCAGCACUGUUGUAUGCGAGCUGUCUGACUCAGACCUGCUGAUUCAGCAGCGGAAAGGAUACUCAUAACUCCAUGUUCUCAUGUGACCCUCCAUUGUUUACUCAAAUCAAUGGUCAAUUUCUCCCAAAUGCACCGAACACAGAGCUACCGGAGUAAAGCAAAAUACCUAAAGAGAAGGAAGGCAUUCAUGUCUUCAGUCAAGGGAGUUUCUCAUCUCUCUAGGCGAGCCAAGAGACGCUUGUAUUGUAAAUUGCAGCUUUGGAUGUGGAGGAAGUGGAGAGAGAAAUGCCGUUUUGGGAUAGUAAGAGGCAAGAAACUAGCAAGUGGCAUCAGCUCCAGGUCCUGCCUCAAUUUAAAGACAGAAUCGCGGAAAAAUAAAAGGAAACUUCCAACCUACGGUACACCAAACCUAGAACAUUCACAAGUCAGAACAUCUGUUCUUGUAUCACCUCUGGGAUGUGAUACUGAAGAUUCAGUGCUUAGAAGACAGAAUUGCCUUGUGAAACCAUGUGAAUCUGUCAGUCUGUCAGAAACAUGCAUCGCCUCAAACCUGCUGCAGAACCCGGUUACGGACACAGAUGUUGCUGCAGAUGCCAUCAGUCAAACCACGCCAACAGCAAUGGCGCUGUCUCAAAGAACGGAAAUCUGUGUACAGUUUGGUAAAAUAGGCGACCUGUCAGAACUUUCUUAUACUGUCAAACCCCUGCGGAGCACAGACAGUGAUGCAUGUGGGGUAAUUACUCAUUUUAAGAAACCAAGGACAGUGAUACCAGCUGAAAUGCUUGAGAUUAAUGGCCCAGCAGGACAACACACUACCAUCUCUCAGGACCAGGCUACAAACAGGGAUCCUGAUAAGAAAAUCACCAGCAAAAAGACAGUGUCCCCUCAGACUGAUGCUGGCCUUAAAGCACUGACAAAAGACAUCCAUGAAUUUCUCGAUGACUUCUACAGAAUAUACGGAAGUUUCAUCCCUCUACAGAAGAGUGACGUGUUCAGACACCUGAAGAGGAAGUUUAACACUGAUUUCAAUGACAGGAAAAAUCUCGCCCUAUCAGAGGUUAACAAAUACCGAACUGCCAUGGUUCAGAAACCUAUUCCCUCCUUCCAAGUGGUCUACAAGAAACACACUCUGACACUGGAUGAUUUGUUGACACUGGCGGAUCAGAACUGGCUCAACGACCAGGUCAUGAACAUGUAUGGCGAAUUGAUUAUGGAAUCUGCCCAUCAUAAGGUCCAUUUUCUCAACAGCUUCUUCCACCGGCAGCUCAUGACCAAAGGAUAUGAUGGCGUUAAGAGAUGGACAAAGCAGGUUGAUUUGUUUUCAAAGAGCCUGCUUUUGGUGCCCAUCCACCUGGAGGUUCACUGGUGUCUGGUGACUGCUGACAUUGUCAAAAAGAAGAUCUGCCUUUACGACUCUCAAGGGAAUGCGCUCCAGAAGGUUGCAAGGAACAUCUUGAAAUACUUGAUGACAGAAGCAAAAGAGAAGCAGCAAACAGCAUUUGAAAAUGGUUGGACAGUGUCGUUCGAUGAGAAAAUCCCACAACAGACCAAUGAAAAUGACUGUGGAGUUUUUGUCUUGGAGUAUUCCAGAUGCCUUGCCCUGGCACAACCACUCCAGUUUUCACAGAAAGACAUACCAAAGAUACGUAAGAGGAUCUACAAGGAGCUCUGUGAUUGUAAACUCCAUGAACAGGGCUGAGGAGUAUCUUGCAGUUACAUGUACAAUAUGUAUUGCUGAUAAUAUGUGCUGCUUCCCAUUAGGGUAUGAAAUCAUCAUUCAACACUUGUCUGUUUAAGGCUCCAUUGCUGUUCUGUAGCACUGUGAGUGCAUAUGGAUGAUCCCAGUCAGUCUUGUAGCAGAUGCACUGUUCAUGCUAAAUCCUAAUCUUUAUACGAUCACUGUAUUUAUAUUAUCUGUAUUUAAUCAGGCAUGUUAUUUAAGAGAAAAAUUGUAUUGUUCAUGUAACAGUUCAAACAUCUACUGAAGGAAACGGUGCAACGACAGAGCCUUAUUAAAUGGACUGAUCUUAUAGAUUAUAACUCUCUAAAGAACUGUCUGUUGAAAUGGAUCUAAUCUUUCAUCAUUUGUUUCUGUGGUUAGGUGUAACUUAUUUUCUGUAGAGAUAUUUAUACACCUUAUUUGCACAUUUUUUAAGUCUAAUUGCAUUAUCCCCUUGUGGUUUGGGAUGUUUUUGCGUUGUAGUUCAUCCGUUAGCACCAGAUGAUGGAAUAGAUGCUGUGUGUAUUUUGUUUGUGAAGAAAGUUAAGUUGUCCAAACUAUUGUUUUUAUUUGUUGCUCAAUAGAAAUAUGUACAAAAAGGUUUAAAUAAAAGCAGA